UUGGUCCUUACAGUUUGCUGAGAGAAGAUGAUGUUUCCAGAACGAAGCAGCAAUCCAAAAUAGCUUUCAUACAGCUGGUGGAUCAUUUGCUGAAUGGUGGGGCCAGGUUUCUGGAGAGGUAGUGGGUUUAGGUGUCCUGAAAGAAAAACACACUUGGCUUUUCUCUCUGGUUUUGAGUGUAGCUUAAAGUUCCUCCUUAACUGGUGUGAUCACAUUGCACUAAAUUCUUGCCUAAAGUUUUUUGCUUUUAGAUAGGUAAUUCAUUUUGGAAGUAAAAUUCAAACUGGCAAGAUAUCGCUUUGUAGAGCAUUGGCAUUAAUAGUGCAGUCUGCAAGAAAUGAAACUGAGUGGUGGUGUUAGAUCAUUAUUUAAAAACCAAAGGAAAUGAGGCUAAGGAGAAGUCUGCAAACUUAGUUAUCGAUGCUACAAGGAUUGAUCAGGUGGGUUACGUUUAGAAGCAUUAGAAUAUGGAAUUGCCACUAGGAACUGUUGCUGCUUGAACUAGUUAAUAAUGAAAAUUCAACAUAUGGGACUUGACAUUCACACCAUUUUCUUGUCACCUGUUUGUUGCACAUGUUGUGCAGUUUUACAGUUGCAAUCUUGACUAAAUUUAUUCUCUAUAAAUUUCCCUUGAGGAGUAGGAGCAGUAUUACUGCUUGUAGUACAUGUUUCAGUGUGCUGUUAAGAUGGAGAUUCAUUACUUGGGUAAGUACAACAGGGGUGUGUUGUUAGGUUAAAAAGUCUUCUAAAAUGUUUUUUCUUGCUUUUUGAACCUUUUAAAAGUUUGCCUUGUUUCCUGUAAUGAGAAUAACAAUAAUUGUUUUCUUGGUAUUGUUUCACAGUAAUAAUUAAUUAAUGAUAAUAGCUUGUGGUAAUUAUGAAACACUUGGACAACCUGUUGGGCACACUGUUAAUUACCAAAAUGUUGAAGUAUUAAGGUUUUAACAGAACCAGGUUCCCCCAAGAAGAGCUUCUGUCAUUGUUUCACUACAGGGCCCAGUAGCUGCUCUUAUCUUUAGCAGAGAACUUACAGCAGGGUUGUCCCUAAUUUCUUUAGAAUAAUUGUAUCUAUUUGUCAGAGCCAAACUGCUGAAUGGGAGGAAACGUCAAUAGUCUGGGUUUUCAGGUUCCAAUUCAUGCUCAGUUUGGAUGCAUUCAAGUUAUCCUUCGAACAUUUGCCUAUAUCCAGUCAAAAUUGGACUGCUCUCUGAAUGAGGAAAGUGCCCUUUUGGGUUCCAUCACUUGGAAUGAAAGAUGAGUCGUUACCACCCUCCCCAUAGUGAUACACCUAUGCUGUCUCCUCUGAAGUAUCAGUGCUUUCUUGUACUGAUGCACCUUUUCAGUCACAUUGAAAUGAGAAUGGAGAUCUGGAAAAGCACUUAGCUUGUCCACAUGUAUUGGUGGAAAUUACCUAAAUGGAGUUAAACAUUUUCCCAAACUUUAAAAUUCUGAAUUGAACUUCCCUGACAUUGGAAUGCUAGUGGAAAUGGCGUAGUGGUGGUCUCACUAAUAAGCAUUGUGAUGGUUAUAACUGAGAGGGAUGCUUAUUGGAUUUCAUAUCUGGGCUUUUUGCUAUCCUUCAGGAGUCCUGCACAUCUGGCACAAUUUCUAACCUUGUAGCCUGUUCAGAGACAGCUUAUUGUCCUGUGUCAGAAUGCCUUCUAAUAACCAUCAGAAUGCACUAGUGCAGGUGAGAUGCUUCUCAUCUCCAGUGGAUACAGUUGCUGCCAUUUAACCAGCUGCUAAACCUUUUACGUUCAGAUGGAGGUGAGAGGCAAAGACUAUUUCUAAUUUAUUAAACAAAAUCAGUUUAACUCCAGGCCUGAACAAUUUGUAUGUUUGCUCAGAACUAGCCUUCCUGUUUGGGAGAUGGGGAAACUUGCUAUCUUAGUGGAGUACAGCUUGACCGUUCAGACAGUUAUUGGAGGGGGGUGUGGUAAGCUGUUUGAGGUAAGUUUCCCACUCUUCUAGUUCCGCUCCAGUCGCAGCUUGCUUUGUGCUGUCAGAUACUGGAUGUGGGUGGGGAAUCUCUCUCUGUAGUGGAACCAAUGACAGAAGCUGUUCUUUAGAAUUUUCAGGAUGGCUGUAUUCUGCGAUCAGAAUGAGACAGUCAAGCUGGUCAGAAUCCAACGCCAAGAGUAAAGCAUUGUCUUUUAUCUCAUCACGGGAGAUGCUGAUUCUAUAGAACAGUGCUGAAAAGUUGCACUUAAAAGGUUUUGGGAGGAAAGAGACCCCAGGAAACAUCUGCUAUCUUUACACACCUUCCCUUGGAGACUUUCAGCAGUGCUGUGGGGUGUGAGAAAAUGCAUGCUGUGCUGCGAUCAUGCUGAGUUACAGCUCGUGAGGAAAAGGGGGGCUUUUGACUCCCACUACUCAGUGACUCAGUUGUGUAUGUUGGAUUGAAAACAGGAAAAGAAGCCAAUCUUCUCACUAGUAACUGCAAACCAACUGUAUGCAGUUGUGGCCAAAACAGUUGAUGUAAAGCUAAAUGUAAGUGAGGAAAAAGCUGGAAUACAGUAGUUCUGUGAAUGUGAGCUCCUCACAUUUGAUCAGGGACUAGUGUGUAAAUUUCUCGAUGGGCCAUUCCAGAACCUGAUGGACAUCUGGCUUUAAUUCGCACUUCGAAAGUGAAUAAGCAAAACUAUAUACAGCAUGUUUCCUUGGUUCUGGGAUACAGAAUCAGCCACUUCAGGACAAAUGCAUUCAGCCUCCAUUUUUAUCUGUUGUUCGGUGCUGGGCUGUAGCUGCUGUUACCUUUGCUGAAGUAGUGCCUUUUUGUUUUUCUUCCUUGCUCACGCUAUGCAGAACUCUUAUUUGCAAAACCUGUUUUAGCCAAGAGGACUUCAACAGACUGUGAAAGGCUUUCCAAAUCAUUUCUUUGAUCUCCCAUUUUUGGCAUUUUGUUGUAUUGUGGGCAAAGGUAAUUCUCAGCUCUGUAUUAAAGUACCAACGUCUAACCAUAUAAACACCAACGUCUUUAAGCAUCUUUGUUGAAAAGCCUUCUUUAGGGAAUCUCCAUUUGUUAGCUGUGAGGCCUUACUGUAGCAUACCUCUUAAACCAAAUUUCAGAAUCCAUGCACCCUCAGGAGCCUGCCUGACUAGCACCUCAAGUUUCACUCCCUCUCGGACUUUGUGAACAUAUAUCGGGUUCUGUUUUUGUAUCUUUAAUUUUGUGUGUGUAGUUUUAACUUAGUUUGUGUCAGAGGCUAGACUGUUUGUUAGAUACUAGCCUUUUAUAAUUCUCUUGUAUGUUCAGAUUGUAUGUUCAUGCGAUGCUCUUCCUGUUGUACAGUGUUUGUGAGAUGUUACCCAUUUUAACAUGGCACUUUAUUGUUUUUUAAAUAAAAGACUGUUAUUUCGCAGUUGAUAGUAUUUAAUAUUGCUGAUGAAUGUGAUGAAUAUGAUAUACUAUGCCGUUGACUAACACACAACUGAAGGUGGGAAUCGGUGGUUCUUGGGGCUGUCCUGUCUUUCGGCAGGUGGUGAUUGAAAUAUGAUUCCUGAGGUAAAAUAUUUUUGUUUUUGGAGGGGGAAGGUGGGUGGGUGGGGCAAAGCAUUUUUUUUUUUAAAUAGUCUGGUUAUCACUUACCUGUGUUUUCUGCAUGUUCUUUUCUUUACUAUUAAACUGCUGAUGUUUAUUUUCAGGAAUGUUUUGCAAAUGUCCUUCUCACUCUUCCCCAGUACAACUGUAGGCGUUCGUUGUGAAACACCUUUUGGAAUACACACAGCAAAGUGAGUCCAACCUGCAGUACAGCUUGUUGUUAGUUUUUGGCAUCCUAAUGACGGAAAUAGUGCGCUCUUGGUCCUUGGCUCUCACCUGGGCUUUAAAUUACCGCACCGGGGUCAGACUGCGGGGAGCUAUCCUGACAAUGGCGUUCAAGAAAAUUCUCCAGCUGAAGAAUAUCAAGGACAAGUCUCUAGGGGAGCUUGUGAACGUAUGUUCCUCUGAUGGGCAGAGAAUGUUUGAGGCUGCAGCAGUUGGCAGUUUGUUGGCUGGUGGCCCAAUUGUUGCCAUCCUAGGCAUGAUUUAUAAUGUAAUUAUUCUAGGACCAACAGGCUUCUUGGGAUCUGCUGUCUUUAUCCUCUUCUACCCGGCAAUGAUGUUUGUAUCACGGCUCACAGCUUAUUUCAGAAGAAAAUGUGUGGCGGCGACCGAUGAGCGUGUGCAGAAGAUGAAUGAAGUUCUUAACUAUAUUAAAUACAUUAAAAUGUAUGCUUGGGUCAAAGCAUUCUCUCAGAAUGUUCAAAAAAUCCGAGAGGAAGAACGUAAAAUCUUAGAGCGUGCAGGCUACUUCCAGAGCAUCACUGUGGGAGUGGCUCCAAUUGUUGUGAUUAUUGCCAGUGUGGUGACGUUCUCUGUCCAUAUGAUCCUUGGCUAUGAUCUCACAGCAGCUCAGGCUUUCACAGUGGUCACAGUCUUCAAUUCAAUGACAUUUGCUCUGAAAGUAACACCUUUCUCCGUGAAGUCUCUAUCCGAGGCAUCAGUGUCUGUUGACAGAUAUAAGAGUUUGUUUCUAAUGGAAGAGGUUCAUAUGGUAAAGAAAAAACCAGCCAGUCCUCACAUCGCGAUAGAGGUGAAAAAUGCUACCUUGGCGUGGGAGAACUCCCACGCCAGUGUCCAGAGCUCACCAAAGCUGACCCCUAAAAUGAAAAGAGACAAGAAGGUCACCAAGGGCAAGAAGGAGAAAAUGAAGCUACAGCAUGAGGGACCGCAAGCGGUGCUGGCUGAGCAGAAGGGCCAUCUUCUAGUGGAAAGUGAUGACCAUCCUAGCCCUGAGGAAGAGAACAAACACAUCCAUCUUGUUAACUUUCGGCUUCAGAGGACUCUUUACAAUAUCGACCUGGAGAUUGAAAAGGGGAAACUUGUUGGGAUUUGUGGCAGUGUGGGGAGUGGAAAAACUUCACUUAUUUCAGCCAUUUUAGGACAGAUGACCCUGCUGGAGGGUAGCAUUGCAGUGCAUGGAAAUUUUGCUUAUGUGGCCCAGCAGGCCUGGAUUCUCAAUGCUACGCUUAGAGACAACAUCCUUUUUGGAAAGGAGUUUGAUGAAGAAAGAUACAACACUGUGCUGAAUGGCUGCUGUCUGAGACCUGACCUAGCCAUCCUACCUAAUGGGGACCUGACGGAGAUUGGUGAACGAGGUGCUAACCUGAGUGGAGGCCAACGUCAGAGAAUCAGUCUUGCCCGAGCCCUGUAUAGUGACAAGAGUAUUUAUAUCCUUGAUGAUCCUCUUAGUGCCUUAGAUGCACAUGUAGGAAACCAUAUUUUUAACAGUGCAAUAAGGAAGCAUCUGAAGUCAAAAACUGUCCUGUUCAUCACCCAUCAGCUUCAGUACCUUGUUGACUGUGAUGAAGUAAUCGUUAUGAAAGAGGGCUGUAUCACUGAAAGAGGAAGCCAUGAGGGACUGAUGAACUUAAAUGGUGACUAUGCGGUGAUUUUUAAUAGCCUGCAGCUGGGAGAGGCACCACACAUUGAGAUUAAUGUAAAGAAGAGCACAAGCAGUUCAUUAAAAAAGCCCCAGGAUAAAAGCAUCAAAGCAGGGUCUGUGAAGAAGGAGAAAGUGGUGAAGGAGGAGGAAGGCCAGCUGAUGCAGCUGGAAGAGAAGGGCAAAGGCUCUGUGCCCUGGUCUGUUUAUGGCACCUAUAUCCAGGCAGCUGGAGGCCCCUUUGCAUUCCUGAUCAUCAUGGCACUCUUUGUGCUGAAUGUGGGCAGCAUGGCAUUCAGCAACUGGUGGCUGAGUUACUGGAUCAAGCAAGGCAGCGGGAACACCACUGUGAUGUUGGGAAACGAAACUGCUGUGAGCAUCAGUAUGAAGGAUAACCCUCACAUGCGCUACUAUGCCGGCAUCUAUGCGCUCUCUAUGGGAGUCAUGUUGAUUCUGAAAGCUGUUCGUGGGAUUGCCUUUGUCAAGGGAACGCUUAGAGCCUCCUCCAGGCUCCAUGAUGAGCUCUUCCGACGGAUUCUUCGCAGCCCCAUGAAGUUCUUUGACACUACACCCACUGGGCGGAUUCUCAACAGGUUCUCCAGAGAUAUGGAUGAAGUUGAUGUCCGUUUGCCAUUUCAAGCUGAAAUGUUCAUUCAGAAUGUCAUCCUGGUUUUCUUCUGUGCCGGGGUGAUUGCUGGGGUCUUCCCAUGGUUUCUGGUGGCAGUGGGGCCCCUCACCGUCCUCUUCACAAUCCUGCAUGUUGUGUCUAGAGUCUUUAUUCGUGAGCUGAAGCGCCAGGACAACAUCACGCAGUCUCCAUUUCUGUCUCAUAUUACGUCUAGUAUACAGGGUCUCUCCACAAUCCACGCCUACAACAGAAGGCAGGAAUUCCUGCACAGGUACCAAGAGCUGCUGGAUGACAAUCAAGCACCAUUUUACUUGUUCAGCUGUGCAAUGCGCUGGCUGGCCAUACGACUAGAUGUUAUCAGCAUCGCCCUCAUCACGACCACCGGCCUGAUGAUUGUCUUAAUGCAUGGCCAGAUUUCUCCUGCAUAUGCUGGGCUUGCCAUCUCUUAUGCUGUGCAGUUAACAGGGUUGUUCCAGUUUACAGUCAGACUGGCCACAGAAACAGAGGCUCGCUUCACCUCAGUGGAGAGGAUUGAUCACUACAUCAAGACCCUUUCUCUGGAGGCUCCAGCUCGAAUUAAGAAUAAAGCUCCCCCCCUGGACUGGCCCCAAGAAGGUGAAGUUGUCUUUGAAAACGCAGAGAUGCGGUACCGAGAGAACCUCCCGCUGGUGCUUAAGAAAGUGUCUUUUACCAUCAAACCCAAGGAAAAGAUUGGCAUCGUGGGGCGGACGGGGUCAGGGAAGUCCUCACUUGGGAUGGCACUCUUUCGUCUCGUUGAACUGUCUGGAGGCUGUAUUAAAAUCGAUGGAGUGAAAAUCAAUGACAUUGGUUUAGCAGAUCUCCGCAGCAAACUCUCAAUAAUCCCUCAGGAGCCUGUGUUAUUCAGUGGAACUGUGAGAUCAAACUUGGAUCCUUUCAACCAGUACAGUGAGGAGCAAAUCUGGGAUGCUUUGGAAAGGACUCACAUGAAGGAGUGUAUUGCUCAGCUGCAAAUGAAACUGGAAUCGGAAGUGAUGGAAAAUGGGGAAAACUUCUCUGUGGGGGAGAGACAGUUACUGUGCAUAGCCAGAGCCUUGCUGCGUCGCUGUAAGGUUUUGAUACUAGAUGAAGCAACAGCUGCUAUGGACACAGAGACGGAUGUACUGAUUCAGGAGACUGUCCGGGAGGCGUUUGCAGACUGCACUAUGCUAACAAUUGCUCACCGCCUGCACACUGUGCUGGGCUCCGAUCGGAUCAUGGUGCUAACACAAGGACAGGUAGUGGAAUUCGACACUCCGUCUGCCCUUCUGUCCAAUGAGAACUCGCGCUUCUAUGCCAUGUUUGCUGCUGCAGACAACAAGGUUGCUGUCAAGGGCUAAAAUUCAGGAUAAAGUCACUUUAAUUUGGAGGGUUCCACUCCCUGCCUGUGGCAGGCCAGCUCCUCCUCUUGCGCCUCAUUCUCAAAGCAGAUUAUUGCCUUUUCAUCUUUUUAAUUUUUAGCACAAUGUGUCAAACACGGAGACUUUUUAAAACCUGUAAGAAUUCUUCCUGUUUUUAUUGUAUUUAUUCCAUAUUCAUAUUACUAAAUUUUUUGUUACUAAAUGCACUCUACAAAUGGCUCAGGGAGCCAUAGUUAUAAAUGUAUCAGAGGCCUAUAAUGAAGCUUUAUACAUGUAGCUAUAUCUAUACAUAAUUCUGUACAUAGCCUAUAUUUACAGUGGAAAUGUAAGCUGUUUAUUUUAUAUUAAAAUGAGCACUGUAUUAAUAACAGUGCAUAUUCUUUUCUA